AUGCUUGCUACCGUGUGGAGGAUCGCAGCCACAGGCGCCACCAAGUGGACAGUCCAGAGCCCAGGGCCCCAGGAGGAGUGGCCAGCGGUGAGGAAUCCCAGAAGCCCCUCCGAGGGAGACCCCUCCAGAGACCUCCAGGAAGAGAUCACCGCGACACAGGUGCAGGAGCCCCUCAUGGAGCCCCCAGGCAAGCGGCCCCUGCAGGAACUCCCCACAGAAGAGUCCGUGUCUGAGGACUCAAGUACCAAGGCGGCUCCCAGCAGGCAUGUUCUCUACGUGGGCCACCUGAACCCCCAGUUCUCAGUGCCUGUGCUCGCCUGCCUGCUGCGAGACGCCCUGGAGCGGCUGGAGCUGCCGGUGGCACGGGAGCACAUCCAGGUGGUGAGGCAGCCACGCAAGGCCUACGCGCUGGUGCAGGUGGCCGCCCACGAGGACACCCUGGCCUCCCUGCCCUGGCGCCUACACACGGCCUUGGAGGAGCACCAGGUCAUCCAGGAGCUGGUGGCCCCUGGGAAGGAGCUGGUGCUGGGUGAGGGCCGGGAGCCCUCAAACCGCAGAGAGGUGAGCGAGCAGAAGGAAGACAGCAGCCCAAGCCCCAGCCCCAGCCCCAUCCUGGGCUCCAGGCCCCGGCUGGCCUGGCUCGCCGGACCCCUUCCUACCCAGGUCCCCACCCCAUGGCAGGACUCCCCAGGCCGGCCCAGUGGCACGCGCUCAGACAGCGCCAUCGCGCACCAAGAGAUCCUGGGCCAGGAGCGCCUCUUCCAGGGCGCCUUCCUGGGCAGCGAGACACGCAACGUGGAGUUCAAGAGGGGGGGCGGCGAGUACCUGAGCCAGGCCUUCAAGCACCACCUGCGUCGCUACGUGUGCGCCUUCCUCAACAGCGAGGGCGGCAGCCUGCUGGUGGGCGUGGAGGACAGUGGCCUGGUGCAGGGCAUCCGCUGCAGCCACCGUGACGAGGACCGCGUGCGCCUGCUGGUGGACUCCAUCCUGCAGGGCUUCAACCCCCAGGUCUUCCCUGACGCUUACAAGCUCACCUUCAUCCCCGUGGUCAGCACCUCUGCCACCGGCACCCCCCUCAAGGUGAUCCGCCUGAGCGUGCACGCCCCCAAGGCCCAGGCCCAGCCGCAGCUCUACGAGACGGACCAGGGGGAGGUGUUCCUGCGGCGGGACGGGAGCAUCCAGGGCCCCCUGUCCGUACGCGCCAUCCAGGAGUGGGGCAGGCAGAAGUGGACGGCUGAGCUGAGCAAGCUGGAGGAGAGGCUGCGGGUGCUGACAGCCGAGAAGGAGCAGCUCCAGCAGCAGCUGCAGCGGUACAAGCCCAUCUCCUGCACCUGCUGCGUCCUGUGAGGGCCCAGCACUCUACCUGGAACACACAGGGCUGUCCUACUGACCCUACGUCCCCCCAGUAAAACCAGUCUGGGCUGCUCAGAGGUGGAUGGGAGCUCUGCACUUGCUGGCUCCUUCUACAACAGUGUGCUCACACGGGCUGGUCCCCACGUGGUGUCAGUCCUGAGCAGACCCCGAUCUGUGUAGCUGAGAAAUUGUGCUUAGCACGAUCCCCAAGGCAACUUACUUUCAGAAAGAACAUGUAAAAACUUGGCCAGCGCUCUCCUUGGGCUGAGCUGUAAGGGACCGUCCCUCUGGGUCUCUGACUCCCGUUGGCUAGGCAGGUCCAGAAAGGGACUUGUCACCUUGGGAAAGCCCCUCUGCAGAUGGCAAAGUACAUUGAUAACUGCGGUUACAGGGUGGACAGGCCACCCUGCAGACCCACCCCUGGCUUGCUGGGAUUUGGGACUGUCAAAGCUCUGUAAUAAAUCACAUGCCCCCAGGCAAGAAUGGUUCUUUCUAGAACACUUGGCUGGUUGGAUGCAGCUGGGUAGAGUCCCAUGCCCAGCCCAUUUCUGUCCAGGGGGCCCUGAGUUCCUCCCCCUACAAAGCUAAGGAGUAAGGGGGUAAGGAGCCUGGAUGGUUGGGUCCCAGUCCAUCUCCGCCUUGAAGACGGGUACCUUAGGGCAAAUCACAAUACUUCUGCUUUAGUUUCUUCAUCUACAGGACAAUAGGGGACAGCGGGCACCCUGCUUCUCUCCAGCACACACCAACACCUGCACAGGGAGGGUCUGACUUCCAUUCCAUGCACCCUCCAGCCACUGGAGAGGAUUCCUGCUCUGGCCAUUUCCCCUGUCAUCUCUACCAGUGGAGCCAGAGGCUCUAUAAAGCCAACAUCUGCACCCGGGCAAGAAUGGUUCUUUCUAGAACAGGCCUGGGCUCAAAGACCUCCAAGAGCUCCCCAUCUCACCAAGAGCAAAGCCCAAAUAUCAAUCUACACAAUCCCCCCUGACUUGGCUCACCUGCCCUCAAGGCCUCCUGCCUCUUGCUACUGCAUUCCAGCUACACUGACCAACUUGUUUCAUGAGCACACCGGCCUCAGGGCCUUUGCACUGGCUGCUUCCACCGCCUGGAAUACUCCACCCUCAAGUGGAAAGGAACCUCCCUACCCAUUCUAUUGCAAAUUACUCUCUUCUUCCCUGCUUCCAUCUAUUUCUUUCUGCAGAGCACCUGUCAGUCACACUGUAGCUUUUAUUUGUUGUUUCCUCCUCACUAGAAUGCAUGCUCAUGGGGACAGGGAUUUUGGUCUGUUUUGUCCACUGCUUUAAGUUUAGAAACUAAAACAUAGCUGGCAUGCGGCAGAUGCCCAGUAAAUAUUUGCUGAUGAAAGAAUCAAGGAUACUCCUAGAUUUGGGGCCUGAGGCACUAGAAAACCAUGAAACUUUGUCGAAGAGGGUAUUUCACAGGACUGGGGGUCCAUGGAACACACUUCAGUGAUCCCCUCUCCCUCCCCCAGCCUAGAGGUCCUUGGCCACAUCCAUGGAGUAGACAACAGAGGACCCCUCGUGGGCCAAUCACAACUGCUCUGAAACUUGGUUUUCCCAUUUACCAAACACACUGGUUAUAGGUACCUAAGGUGGUAAUGGAUGCCCAACUCAUGAUGGACUACCAACCCACUGAACUGCUCGGGGUCACUGACCUUAGGGCCUGAGCCAGCUUCUCAGAAGCCACUGAAGAACUGCACAGAGGGGCUUCCCUGGUGGUGCAGUGGUUAAGAAUCCGCCUGCCAAUGAAGGAGACACGGG